AGACUACCGGGCCAUACUGUACUGUGCCAACCUGCCCUCGCACACUCGGCCACGCCUGACCCACUCACGCGCCCACCACGCUGCAACACACCAGACCCUCCCGUGCUGUGCCAACCUGCCCUCGCACACAGUGCCACGCCUCUCUCACCCAAGCACUCAACACACUGCUACACUUAAUUGGUAGACUGACAGAAGAUUUCAGCGGCUCCGCUUGUUCAGUGUCUCAGGAUAUGACAGACGCUGUCUUUCGCACGCAACACUCACUUCGUCCGCGGCGGUUAAAAAUCCCUUCGUGAAGUGAAUAUUUUUUUGUUUCGUGGAAAGAAAUAAAGGAAACAAGUGACCCGUAUCAAGCCUCUGGACAUCUCUAGAUGUAUGUCCUAGAGAAGUCUAGUAGAUAUUUGACAUCGUGUAGUGCAAGAGAGGUCAACACUGUAUCUUUCCCUGACAAGGAAAAACUAACAGAGUCAGUGCAGCAGGUGGAGAAGUGUUUUUCCCACCUACGCCUAUCGGUGACACAAGAAGUGACGACGAAAACGAAGAAAGGAGCUCCCGCCGGUCGCCUUGACCUGGCGGGAAGCGACCACCCCUCGGCCAGCAUGAAGUGGAGCGCCGGACUGAGCACAUGUAGCGGGGGUCAUGAGGACUCGGGGGACCUGCAGGACCGCAACAACAACAAUAACAAUAACUGCAAGAACAACAAGAACAUCACCAUGACCAGCGAGGACCUCCUGCAGCCCGGGCACGUGGUCAAGGAGCGAUGGAAAGUGGUUCGGAAGAUCGGCGGCGGGGGCUUCGGGGAGAUCUACGAGGGGCAGGACCUUGUGACUCGCGAGCAGGUGGCCCUCAAGCUCGAGUCCGCCAAGCAGCCCAAGCAGGUCCUCAAGAUGGAGGUGGCAGUCCUCAAGAAACUCCAAGGUCGCGAGCACGUGUGUCGGUUCAUCGGGUGUGGGCGCAACGAACGCUUCAACUACGUGGUCAUGCAGCUCCAGGCCAAGAACCUGGCUGAGCUGCGCCGCGCCCAGCCCCGAGGAGCCUUCAGCUUGUCCACCGCGCUGCGCCUCGGCCACCAGAUCCUGCGUGCUAUUGAGGCCAUCCACGAGGUCGGCUUCCUGCACAGAGACAUCAAGCCGUCCAACUUCAGCAUGGGCCGCCUGCCCCACAACUGUAGAAAGACCUACAUGCUGGACUUUGGACUUGCCCGCCAGUACACAAAUGCAAACGGGGAGGUGCGGACGCCCAGGGCAGCAGCAGGGUUCAGGGGAACGGUCAGGUAUGCCUCCAUGAACGCCCACAAGAAUAAGGAGAUGGGUCGCCAUGAUGACCUCUGGUCCCUUUUUUACAUGGUUGUUGAGUUUGUAAAUGGUCAGCUGCCCUGGAGGAAAAUUAAGGAUAAAGAACAGGUUGGUCUGAUGAAAGAAAAGUAUGACCACCGCCUCCUCAUCAAGCACUUGCCCUCAGACUUCAAGCAGUUCCUUGAGCACAUUCAGAAUCUUGACUAUCAUGACAAGCCUGACUAUGCUAUGUUGUCAGGACUGUUUGAGCGCUGCAUGAAGAGGCGGGGCAUUAAAGAGUCCGACCCCUUCGACUGGGAAAAGACCCCCACCGACAACUCCCUGGGAACCACUACAACUACCACUCAUGCGGUCAUCACCAAGCCCCAGCAUGCUGAUAGCCGGCUAGCGUAUGGUGGCGGCAUGACAGACAACAUGCUGGAUGACAAUGUGCUGGGUUCUGUUGACAAUCAAGAGAAUGUUGAGGCCCAUCACGAGCGGGAGCAUGACCCCCGCCGCCGCCGCCGCCGUGACACAGUCCUUCACCAGCCACAGCCCAACAUCAACCAGCAACAGGUGGAGACUAAGGAGCGGGUGCUGAACGAUAACAACGUCAAUGCCAACAUCAUCGCCAACAAUGAGAAGGACACCAACGAGGUGGAGAUGUCCCCCAAGAAGAGAAAGGUUGAGGAGUUCAACUGUGAGAAGGAAGGCGAAGGAGUAGGAGAAAAGGAGAAGGAAGGGCGGCUAGAAUGCUCCACUGACUGGGAUGGAGAUGCAGUCAUGGCCUCCAGGCAGGGCCACACAACACCCAGGGGAGCUGGCGGUGAUGACAACAAGAACAGAAAACCACUUGCUGUCCUGCGACUCUCCUCAGUGGACACAGCUGCCGAUGAUGUGGAUAUGAAUGUUGAGCCCGCCAGUAAAAGGGAUGAUCAGUAUUCGGUGCAGGAUGCCAGCUACGUAAGCUUCCAAGAGGGUGGGCGGCUGGCCCGCAUGGAGCCCAAUACAGGUGGAGUGUCCCCUGGGGGAUCCACACCACCCACUGAAGGAGAGUUUCACCCCCAUGCCCGUGACCACACACCACACCGCCGAACGCAUCACAAAAGGUUCCAUCCAGUGCAGCGGGCUAAGUACCUGGGGCACCGAGAUCUCUCCAUCACCCAGUUUGCUCUGGCAGAUGAUGACAAUGUCUCUCAGCCUGCAACUAAGGGUGGUGGUGGUGGCCUUACUCUUGCUUCUCAGUGGAAGUCUCAGUUUGAUGACUCAGAGGAAACAGACAAUGAGCUUAAGGCUGAUAACCUGCAGAGUCCAGAGCACAAGCAAAGAAUUACACUUGUGUCACCAUCAUCGCGUGGGCCUGAUGAUACCACCAUAACACCCGUGCAAGACAUUGGAACCACUGAGAAGUCUCGAAGAGCUGCAGCAGAGCUGUCCAGGAUCAGUGAGGAUGAUCGCCACCGUUCCUCUGAUCACCACACACACACACAGGUGCCUGAUGUCACAAUGGUGGGAGGCAGCUGUGCUGGAAGUCAUGGAAUUGAAGAGUUUCGUGUUGUGACCAAAGCAUCAGGAGGUGCAGAGGAGGCUGCUGACAGCUUACCUGUAGAGAGGAGGGAAGGAGUGGUGCACGUUGAGCUGGGAAGCCAAGCUGGUCUACCUCGUGCCUGGUCUAACCCACAGUUGUCUAGUCACAUUCGGCCAGGCCUGGAGCCACCCCUUGUUCACACCACCACUGUCACUGAUGCCGUCUAUGAGGUGGAUGUUGCUUGGGGCAUCUGUGUGAAGUCAUCUCGGGAAGGCUCGCCCCUCACACCAGAGCGACGUCAGAGCAUGCCUGAAAUUGGAGUAUGUGAGACCGAAGAAUGUGGAGAGACAGAUGCAGUUGUUGGUGGCAAAAUAGAAUUCCGUGUUCUUGAUAAGGAUAAGAAGUUUUCUCAGCCUACGGGUCCCACCACCAUUGUUGCCAGCCAAACCCGGGUGUCCCGCCAGGAACUGUCGGCGGUGGUGCCAGCUCCUCCAGCCUUCAAUGCAGAAUCUGAAACCACUGCACCUCCUCCGCCUCCAUCUCCUCCACCUGCGCCCUCCAUGUUAGACCUGCCUGCUGGAACCGCAAAUAAAUCAGCUUCCCUCCAGUCCAGCCCACACACACACCCAGAGGAACGUUCUAUUUAUUAUGAUGCACCACCACCAGAUGAUUCUGCUCACCAGGCUAGUCAUAGAAGCAAAAGCAGCUCUCCAAGAAAGGACCAGGGCGAAGAGGGGCACAAAAGUACUGAAUCAUCCGAUGGGACUGUGAAAGAUAAGAGUGAUAUGCGUAGCAGUAAAAAGGAUGACCCUAGAAGACGGCUUGGUGUUGUGGCCUUGCCGGUCGUCAUGGAGGACCACAAAGAUCGUGAAACAGAUUCCACACGAUAUGAAUCAGCAAACAACGUCCCUGAAAGUAGUCGAUAUGAAACUGCAGCUCAUGAUCAGACAGUUGUUACUACUAUGCAAGAGAGUUCACGUUAUGAGACUGUCAUGGGUUCACGAGAGAUUGAAGGGAGGACGCGACAGGACACUAUCUGUGAGGAAGAGAAGUCACUUGUCUCUGAAAGAAGGAAAUCAUUAGAAUAUUUGUUAGAAGAUAAGCAAGAUGGAGAAGAUUCAAGAAAAGUAUCUGUUAUUAAUUUGCAUGACUUAUCUGCAGCCUUCCAAGCCUCCACAAUGAUAAGCAGAUCCCGGACUGUGACGCCUUCAGUCUCACCAAGGGGAACGCCUCCUCACAGUGAGAGUGGUGGCCGUCGCAGCCGGUCCUCCCGCCACCGUCGCUCCUGUGAGGAUCUCCUAGAAGAAGGGUCUGAGGAGUCUUCCAAAACUAAUACACCACGUCCUACAGAUCUGUUAGCAAGGUCCUCCAUGUCACCUGACCGACAGCGAAGCAAUGGUGUUAGGAAAUCGCCAGGUAGUCAAGAUGAUUCUUCUCUAAAAAGUCGCAUUCCUGUGCCUAUGUGGGCUCGCACUGCCAAGGAAGGUGAGCCAGAGGGAGGCCUUAUCACAUCAUCUGGAGGGAGAAGCCCACGCUACUCUGAGUCUGAUCGCGCUGAAGCUGUCCGUAGAAUUUCAGUUGCCUUGGCUGAAAAGGUAGCUUCACCAGGCAACGAGGAAGAUUCACUUAGCACGCGAAGUGGAGUGUCAGAACAUCGGUCAGCCCGAGAGCGUGGGUCAGUUGCAUCUGCGGUCAAUGACUAUCAGCGUUCAGGCAGCCAAGAGGACCAUAGUGAGGACCUUGCUGACCUGACCCCCGCUCUGCGCAGGAGACGGCAGGGUGUGGACAAGUAUGUAACAGAUGAAGCUCAACUGAAUCUUCGCUUCCAGCGCCGCCGAACCCGCCCAAUGUCAGAUGUCACACCACCUCCGCCAACCAUCCUUCAGUCUAGAAACCGUCAGAGUAACAGACAACGAGUGUCCAUGAUAGAAGCAGGAACAGGUGGUCGAUAUUUUGACACUGGAAGAGGUGUACCCUCCUACCUCCUCAAGCCCCAACAUGAAGACUCUAGUGAGUCUGAGAGUUCACAUCCACGGAAGCCACGGCCCCCUUCUUCAGAGCCUCCCUCAGCAGCCAGAGAUGUUGCUGCCAGGUACCUGUGAAUCAUCUUAUGCUCAAAGAAAGUAUUAAUCAAGAUCAGCCCUCUCUCUGCACUGACCUCUACCAGAAUACGACGUUAUCGGCCUUUGAGUGCAGACAGUGGUGACAACUUCAGAAGGCAGCACCCACAACGCACAGUUUCUCCAGACUGACAAGAACCCCGGCCCUAGUCUUCAUCGGCAGGAGGAGAAAGACAGCUUCCAGAUCCACUCAUCUGCAAUGCCUCACAGACCUCCCAAACACACCUUUACUCCUCUCACACCCACAAACGCACAAAGUCUCUACCCAGCACAUGCAACAUUUGUACCCACAAGCUCAGCCACAUGAGGUCAUUUGGUGAAGCAUACUCAAAUCUUCCCCUGCCAGAACCACAGUGUUAUGUGAAGAUGAAGGAGACCAAGAAGCCAAGAAAGGUAAGAAAAGUCUGUGGAUGUUGGCAAAUGUUUUUAAGAAGACAAAGAAGAACUUCGCCAUCCACAAUAAACAAAAAUAAAGAAUUGAGCCAAAGUAAUCUGAAAAAUUUAAGACCCCCAUGUGUGUAAUAUAGGAACAUAAAUGGUGCUCACUCUCAUGAAAUAUCAAGCAGUAAUCAGGAACACCACAAGAUCUAAGUAUAUUUUUCUCACUGAUGUGGGUACAAAAUAUCGGGAACAUUAAUUUCUUCACAUGAAGAUUAUGCUGUGAAUGUGUUCUCCUAUCUGGUGUCAGUAAUGGAACAGCUGAGUUGUGGAGGCAAAAUAUCCAUACCUUGAACUGCUGUGGGGUUGUGGGGUGUUGAUGGUGAGAGGAGCUGUCCUUCCUCCACUGCCUGUCAUGAGACGUGGGUCCCUGAGGGUGGUGGGAGCCAUGUACCCUCACUUGACAGCUAGAAUCAGGUCAGUGCAAUUAGGGUGCAGUCGGUUGUAUCAUCACCUGCACAUGGUUGUGAUAUUUGAUAAUGUACGUUCAGUGUACUUACACUUCCUAGGUUAGGUAGUAACUGUGCCAUCCUUUGUUGCCAUUGAUUGACUUUUUAUAGGUCAUGCUGGCCACAAGCCCCCAGGUUAUUAUAGUUAUCUUUUAGCUGAGAAAACAGUAUAAAUGGAUAAUUUAAUGUAAAUGAAAAAUCAAGACCUAAAAGGAACCUAUGGUCAAAUGUGAUGUAAUAUUCUUUAAUGUUUCUUCUGAUCUAGGUACCUUUACUCAUUUCAAAGGUUCACAGUAACUGUUGUAAAUUUACUAAUACAAAUUAGCCUUUGAUAUUGCUCUUAAUGAACUAUUUUGGAGAAUAACUGCAAUGUUAUAGAGUGUCUGAAAGUAUGUAUCUCUUGCAUAUUGCCCAAAUACUCAGUAGUCCUUACACUUUGAAGCUUUGUCGUUUUCUCUACGCUAAUUCAAGAAUGCUGUAAUUAUUCCUAAGGUGCACAUACAUUAUGCUAAUAAUGCAGUUUGAAUGUUCAUUUGGUAAGUGAAGUCUUGGGUUGUCCCUGUGCCAUCUCCUGUGUUGUGGGUUUGUUGCAUUAGCUCUCCAUUUUGUUAAUGACGAAUUAAUUUUAUAUAAACAGAGGUGGAAAGUCAGAGUUGUAGUUCUCUAGUAUUUAUCAAGACACACAGGAAGGACUGUGCAUAUUGUGUUAUUAACAGUGGACUGCCAUGAAAGAAUUUAUAUUAUUAUCAUUAAGAAACUCAAGAAUCAUGGUGAACUUUUAUCAUGUUGAAUGUGGAAACUAUGGAAAUGGUGAGAAUACUUAUAGAAUGGUCAGUAUUUUAUUAUUUUCACUGCAAAAAGAGGUAAAGGACUUACUUCUGCAGUGCAUAUGAUAAAUCUUAACAAAAUAUUACUUGCAUUAACUGAAAUGAAAUUAUGUUAUUGGAAGUACUUAUAUCAAACUGUAUUGUAGGUAUGUGUAAAUUGACGAUUACAUUAUAAUUGGUGUAAAUGUUAUGCCAUAUUUAUACUCUAGUUGUAUACAUUUGUUCUAGUCAUUUUAUAGUACAAAGCUCAUGGCUUUGCAAGAAAAUGGGGAUGUUAUGGAACUCAUCAAUGGAGAUUGUAGUUUUUUUUAUGAACCAGCAACUUACAUAUACUCAUAUACUUUUUCAUACUCCUUCAAGGUUAUUACAUAAAUCAGUUGACUGUCUCAAGAUGAUAGUUAAACUAUUCAGAUUUCUUUUAACUCAGAUAUAAAAAAACAACUCAGACUAUUUACUUGACUAACUCAGAAGCUUCAAGUAAAGGUCCAUGUCCUUCUGUCUCAAGUUUACCAAGCUUAUCAACUUUAUCUUAGCUGUGAUGUCUCAAUAAGAAAGCCCAAGUUUUAUAUGCAAAUGCAAAGCUGAGAUUACUCCAACCAGUGUGAAAAUGGAAAACUGUAGAGCUGUUGAUAUAGUCAAGGUGCUUCACCAAUAAUUAUUUGUUUGCGGGAGUACGUCUUCCCACCAGUGAGUGGUGGGGGAACACGUAGAUGCUGUGCAGUCCCGAAAAAAAAACUGUGCCAGUGUCUUCAUGAGAGCAAACCUAUGAAACAUGGUUUUAGGUAUUAGGUUAGAAAGAGUAAUUAUCAUGCCUUGAUAACUAAGCUAGAUUUAUAGAGAAAUUUCCAUUAUACCUCCUCAAAUUUUACUCAAUAUCCACAUGAGGGAAGGAUAAUUUUACUUCUGCCUUAGGUCAACCAUUUAUUUGCAUUCUUGGAAUCAAAAGCCAUUUGCAGUCAUGAGUUUCAUUUGAUUUUUGCCACAUAACUAUGACAUAUAGCUUUCAUGGCAUGGUAGUCAUGCUCUCAAGUAUUAUACUUCACAGACCUAACUGUAUUACUUGCUUGAUACACUCAUCAUUUUUAAGAGAAAUUAUGAUAUCAGCUAAAUGAAUAUUAAGGUCUUCGUAUUGUCACCUUCAGGAAAUUUAGGAUAAAAUCAAAGUAACUUUUAUUAUCACUGAUUAAUUAUAUUUUUUUUCUUUUGUUGAAUAUCAUAAAAGUUCCAGUUUGUCCUUUUCGGUCACAGCAUCACUGUUGGAAACCAUGUGACUCACUUUAUCAUAGUGAAGUGCAAUAUGAAUUUCCCUUAUUUAGGGAAGAACUAGGUCAGGUUGGGCAGCCAGACAGUGAUCAGAGAAAUACCUGGAGGCUUGAAGGGUAUGGAUAAAGGAAUAAAUUUCAUACAGUCACAAGUGAGGGUUGUUCUAUGACGUUCAUAACCUUGCAUUCAGGUAAAGUAAAGUCAUGUGGACUCUUAGGCAGCCUACCUGGUAUUAAUUAACUCUAUGAGUUUGUAUAAUAGCAUGUGGAGGACAGCUGGGUUAUUGCAAAGUUAAGAACGUCACACUGAUUAAAAUAGUGAAUGAUCAGUUUUAUACUGUCAGUGCUGUUGGUGAUACCGUCAAAUACUAAACCUACCAAGAGCUUUUUCAUAUGUUCUUGAAGGCUGUAUGUGUUCCUUGAAUUGUGUUUGUGAGUGCGGAAGGUGGAGGUUGCUGCCAGCCUCUUGCCUGUGUUCCUUUAUCCCUUGUUUCUUUAUUGCUCAUAUAUCAAUGUCCAUGGCAUUUUUUUAUUUUGAACUUAUUCAUGUGGUUACUGGCCAUCUGUCUAUAAUGUCCAGAUUGUAUAUUUUUGUUCUGUGUAUUUAGAUUGUUAUUUAAAAUUAAAUUAUAGCAAUGCCUUCUAA